AUGAAACCCGUGUCCCUGCUCGAUGAAAUCAGCACCGGGCUCGACUCGGCUGCGACGUUUGACAUCAUCAAAGCCCAGCAAAGCGCGGCUCGCCAUUUGAAGAAGACGAUUGUCGUAGCCUUGCUCCAGCCAGCGCCUGAAGUGUUUGACCUGUUCGACGACGUGAUUCUGUUCAACCAAGGUUAUAUCAUGUACCACGGCCGUGGAUUGGAUGCAGUGGGGUACUUUGAAGCGAUGGGGUUCACGUGUCCACCCUACCGCGACGUAGCCGACUUCCUGCUCGACUUGGGCACCACGCAACAAGACCAAUACUUGGCAGUUGGAGAUGGCGCCACUGUUCCCUGCUUGCCCAGUGAAUUCGCAUCCUUGUUCCAACAGUCUGCCAUGCAUCAAGCCAUGGUUGACUGCGCGAAGGGCCCCGCCAGUCCGCAACUGCUGGCGGACACGUCGAGCUACAUGCAGCAAACCCCCGCGUUUCACAAUUCGUUUGGCAAGAGUGUGACCCAUCUCAUCAAGCGGCAACUCACCGUGGUGCUGCGGAACCGAGUGUUCAUCAUUUCCCGUGUCAUGAUGACGUUGACCAUGGGGUUGUUGUACGGAAGCAGCUUUUACCAGGUGGACCCGCAGCUGCCCCAGGUGGUCAUCGGGGUCACGUUUCAGUCGCUCCAGUUCUUCAUCGUAUCGCAAAUUCCCAACCUACCUGCGAUCUUGGACAACCGCCACAUAUUUUACAAGCAGCGCGACGCCAACUUUUUCAGCACGCUCAGCUUUGUGGUGGCGUACUCGGUGUCGCAGAUCCCCUUCGCCACCUUGGAGACGCUCGUGUUUGGCAACAUCAUGUACUGGGUGUCUGGAUUUGUGAUGGACGCGACGGCGUAUGUGACGUACAUGUGCAUGCUGUUCCUUGUGAGCUUUGCAUUUUCUGCGUGGUUCUUCUUCGUUGGCAGCGCCUCGCCCGACUUGCACGUGGCAAAGCCGCUGGCCAUGAUGUCCGUGGUUGUGUUCAUCUUGUUUGGCGGGUUCGUCAUUGUCGAAAAGGACAUCCCCGUGUACUUUAUCUGGCUGUUCUGGAUCAACCCCGUGGCGUGGGUCAUGCGGGCGCUGGCCAUCAACCAGUACACGGCCCCGGUGUUUCAGAAUGACACGUUUGACGGCUUCAACUACAUACUUGCGCUCAACCAAACCAUGGGCGACUUCCAGCUGCGUCUUUUCGACUUUCCCACCGACACCAACUGGAUUAGCUACGCCAUGGCGUUCAUGUUGACGUGCUACGUCCUCUUAACGUUCCUGAGCUGUGUCGUGCUCGAGGCCAAACGAUACCAUGCCCACGAACAUGUCCAUGCGCCUGCCGCCCUCGAAACGGACACUGUCGACGGUUAUGUGAGCACGCCACCGACGCCACACACCACCGAUUCGAUUUCCAAGGAUUUGUCGGCUGCCGUGGAAGUGGUAGUGCCAGUGACUGUGGCAUUCCAAAACUUGGGCUACGUCGUCCCCAACCCCAAGAAGGGCGAGUCGGAUCUGCACUUGCUGACCAACGUGACGGGGUAUGCGCUGCCGGGUACGAUCACGGCGCUCAUGGGUUCGACUGGCGCAGGGAAGACUACUCUGAUGGACGUGAUCGCCGGGCGAAAGACUGAAGGCACGACCACCGGCGACAUAUUGCUCAACGGGUACCCCGCGACGGAUUUGGCCAUGCAGCAGUGCACGGGGUACUGCGAGCAAAUGGACAUCCACAGCGAGAGCGCCACAUUCCGAGAAGCACUGACGUUCAGCGCGCUCCUCCGUCAACCCAGAGACGUCUCCGAAACCUCCAAGCUCGCCUUUGUCGAGGACUGUUUAGCUAUGCUCGAAUUGACCCACCUCGGCGACUCCAUCAUCCGGGGAAGUUCCGUGGAGCAGAUGAAAAGGCUCACGAUUGGCGUCGAGCUGGCGGCGGCCCCGAGUGUGCUCUUUCUGGACGAACCGACCAGUGGGUUAGACGCUCGGUCGGCCAAGAUCGUCAUGACUGGUAUCCGAAAGAUCGCGUCCACGGGGCGAACGGUCGUGUGUACGAUCCACCAGCCGUCCGCCGAAGUGUUUGACAUGUUUGACAGCUUGCUGCUGCUCCAACGAGGCGGCCAAACCGUGUUUUUUGGCGAUUUGGGGUCGAAAGCAACCAACUUGAUCGAGUAUUUCUCUCGCGUACAGCCGGCAUUGUCGCCGCUUGUCGCUGGUGUGAAUCCGGCCACGUGGAUGCUCGAGUGUAUCGGGGCGGGGAUGGAAGUCAAGUCCCACGACGCCACGCCCGACAUGGACUUUGUAAAGAUAUUCCAAGCAAGUCCAGAAUUUCAAACCCUCACCACCAGGGUGGCCAAGGUCGCGUUCCCGUCCAGCGAAUUAGCCGAGCUCAAAUACGCCAAGAAACGCGCGGCGCCGUCCGCCACGCAAUGCCGGCUUCGUAUUCAGCGCUUUUUGCGCAUGUAUUGGCGCACGGCGUCAUACAAUUGGACGCGGCUCAUGAUUUCGAUCGUCCUCGCAGUGUUGUUUGGCAGUGUGUUUUGCAAGAUCAACUUCAACACAUUUGCCGGCGCCAACGGCGGCGCGGGCAUGAUCUUCAUCACCGCCGUGUUCCUGAGCCUGGUCUCGUUCAACAGCGUGCUCCCUCUGGCCACCGAAGAGCGCGAGUCGUUCUACCGCGAACGCGCGGCCCAAACGUACAGCGCCGUCUCGUUCGUGUUCACAGCCAUCUUUUACCCAUUUGUGGGGUUCGAAGGCACGUUCGGGGAUGCCGUCUUCUACGGGCUCAAUCUGAGCUUGAUGGUGCUGCUGAACGUGUACAUGGGGCAGCUCACAGCGUACGCCGCGCCGCGGGUCGAAGUCGCCACGCUCCUGGGUAUCCUCAUCAACUCGAUUUUUUUCCUCUUCAUGGGCUUCAAUCCCCCCGCCAGCUCGAUUCCCGCCGGCUACCGGUGGCUGUACCACAUCACGCCCCAAAAGUACAGUUUGGCGGCCAUGACCGCGUCGGUGUUGGCCAAAUGUGACGACGGCCAGGGCAUGGGCUGCGGCGCCAUCCACGACUUUCCCCCGUUCAUCUUGAAACAACUGGGCAAACCCCACGCCACCAUGAAAGAUUUUAUCGAGCUCGUGUUCGAAAUGAAGUACGACGACGCGGUCGGUAACUCGCUGGUGGUCGUGGCGUUCAUCGUGUUUUUCAGAGUCUUGGCGCUGCUUGCCCUCACAAAGAUCAAUCACCAAAAGAAGUAA